GCUACCCAAACGCGCCCGCCUGCCAGCCAGCCAGCUUGACCGCCCAGCAACUAGCGGCCCGCCACAGGAUUUUGGCACCAGUUCAGCCCCGCCCCAGCACCGUUUUCUUCCCUGCGAACCUACGCCUAUUCGCUUUCUUUUGUCUUGGCCGGAGGGACAGGCACUAGAUAUAUAAUAGAGGAAGAGAGACGCAAGUUGCACUGCAUUCGCCCCACCCACCAGCAAGCAGACAUGUCGCAAGCCAUCAAGCAGGUAGCGGCCGAGGCUGCUGACAAAGUCAAGCAGAGCUACAAGCACGAGAGCGAGUCCGAGGCCCAUCAGAUCUUCCGCGAGCAGCCGGGCCACAAGGACAAGGCCGAGAAGCACCAGCAUGUGGUCCCAGGCAUCGAGCACCCCGGCAGCGUGGGUGUCAUCUAUGUCAUGGACCGUGCCAUGGCAAAUGGCUUCCACUAUGGCGCCAAGGACUGGUCCAACUUUGGGCAGGGUGCUCCCGAGACCGGCGACAUCCCCGGCGCGGUGCCCAAACCCAAGACGAUGGACCUUGCGAAAUGGGGUGACCUCGUGCACGAGUACGGUCCCACGACGGGAAUCCAGCCAUUGAGGCAGAAGGUGGCCGACUACUACAAUGACACCUACCGCACCAAGCACGAGAGCAAGUACACACACGAGAACAUCUGCAUCGUUCCCGGCGGUCGUGCUGGCCUCUCGCGCAUUGCCAGCGUCAUCGGACCUAUUCUCCUCGGCACGAGUCUCCCUGACUAUGCCGCCUACGAGCCGCUGCUCUCAGUCUUCAAGAACCUGGUACCCAUUCCGACGCUGCUCUCAGAGGAAGAUGCGUACCGCGUCAGCGUCGAUGACCUUCGCAAGACGAUUCGCAACCAGGGCCUCACCUCGAUUCUGCUCAGCAAUCCUCGCAACCCAACAGGCCAGAUCAUCGAGGGCGAGGAGCUCAAAGACCUCGUCAAAAUGGCAGAAGAGCUCGACACGACGACGAUUCUCGACGAGUUCUACUCGUGGUACCUUCACGAGGGUGAGGAGGGUCGAGCCGUAUCGGCCUCCGAAUACAUCGACGACGUCAACGACACGCCCGUCAUCCUCGUUGACGGCCUGACCAAGAAUUGGCGCUGUCCCGGUUGGCGAGUCUGCUGGGUAGUGGGCCCCAAGGAUCUGAUUACCGCCCUGAACCAGGCAGGAUCCUACCUCGAUGGAGGCGCAUCACACCCGAUGCAGUGCCUGGCCCUCGAGAUGCUCGAAAAGGACCGCAUCGAAAAGGACCGUGUGGCACUACAACGCCACUUUCGCAUGAAGCGCAAACACGUCCUGGACCGUCUCGAGAAGAUGGGCCUGCCCGUCAAGCUUCCCCCUCAGGCCACGUUCUACAUCUGGCUCAAUCUCUCGUCCCUCCCUGCUCCUAUCAAUUCCGGCCUAGUCUUUGCAGAGGAGCUCCUCAAGGAGCGCGUCAUUGUCACGCCUGGCAUCUUCUUUGACAUCAAUCCCUCGCACCGGCGCAAUAUCGUCCACUCGCCGUGUGAGCCAUUCGUGCGCCUGUCCUUCGGUCCACCGCUCGAGGAGCUGGACCGCGGCCUCGAUGGCAUCGAGCGCGUCCUGAAAAAGGCCCGCGCGGGCGAGCCCCUGGGCAAGGAUUUCAAGAGGCGCUCCCACCACCAGGCUCAGGUCGUGCCCCCUGCCGCUGGCUCCUAGUUUUACUUUACGUCUUCGCGUAGAUUCCAUGCCCUUUCAAUGUCAGACCCUGUGCCCUU